AUCUACAUACAUCCAUCAUCACUGAUGGACUAAGCGAAAAAAUUCCUGCAGAAACAUGCUACCAACCAUGUCCUCAUCAACAAAUUUCUCAUUUCUCGUAGCUUUAUCCCUGUUUUGUAUGGCUUUUGCUGCCGAAGAAACCGCAUGUCGCUUUGAUUACAUUUACCAGUUUGGUGAUUCACUUGCAGAUACAGGUCGAUUCUCCAAUGGCCGUCUUGUGAUUGAUUUCAUUGCGAAAGCUCUUCAUCUCCCACUGCUCCAUCCAUACCUGGAAACAAAUGCUUCAUUUAGUCAUGGAGUCAACUUUGCAGUAGGUGGAAGCACAGCUCUUGUUAAUUCUUUUUUUGCUAAAAGAAAUAUUUCUGUACCCUCAACAAACAUUCCCCUUAGCCAGCAGGUGAAAUGGUUCAAGAAACAUCUUAGUUCAGUGUCAAAUAGUCGAUCUCAAAUCAAGAAAAGGUUAAAAAGAGCUCUGAUCAUGAUGGGAGAGAUAGGUGGGAAUGAUUUCAACUGUAUUUUCUCUCAAGGCAAGUCCCUAAAGGAGAGCAGGGUGUAUGUGCCACCUGUUGUUAAAGCCAUAUGCAAUGCUGUAAGAGAAGUUAUUCAAUUUGGGGCUGUUCAUGUAGUAGUUCCAGGAAACUUCCCAGCUGGAUGCUUGCCUAAAGCUCUGGCUUCAUUUUCUAGUGCUGACCCUAAAGCUUAUGAUGAUUAUGGUUGUUUGACAGAAUCCAACAAGUUUGCUUUGCUCUUUAACAGAUAUCUUCAGAAAGCUCUAGCAUCCCUAAGACUUGAAUUUCCAAAUGCUGAUAUCCGUUAUUUUGACUACUACAAGGCCUUUGAAUAUGUUCUUCAAAAUGCUAGGUAUCUUGGUUUUGACCAAAGAUCACUGCUCAAAGCAUGUUGUGGAACUGGCGAGAAGUAUAACUUCAAUAGUACAAAGGUUUGUGGGUCACCAGGAGUAAAAGCUUGCCAUAACCCAGAAAAGUUUAUAAAUUGGGAUGGAGUGCAUCUAACACAAGCAACAUACCAUUAUAUUUCUGAACAUCUUAUUAGAGAUGUCUUGUCUGAAAUGAAGUGUCUGCCGUAACUGUUCAUGAGAAUUACAAUUAAAGCUUUGAUCUUAAUUUGAAUCUGUGGUUCUGCUUGCAUGUUGAGCUCAUUGGGUGGACAGAAGGAGAAUAUAUGUAUUCUUGUACUAGUAAGAAGACAAGAUUUUCUAUCAGCUAGGAUUCGUAAUGCAUGUGAAAUAACAUUCUUGUUAUUGUUUGUUAUCAGCAAUAAAGAAUAUGUAGGCCACAUAUGAUUCUU